GGACUCGAAACGUUAACUGUAUUUCUCUCCGCAGAUGCUGUCAGACCUGCUGAGUUUUUCCAGCUAUUUUUGUUUUUGUUUCAGAUUUCCAGCAUCCGCAGUAUUUUGCUUUUAUCCCACGUUCCUAGUCUGAACUCCAGAUCUGUUGUGUUGCCCCACCAGGAAUGCUUUUCCAGCAUUUACUUCACAGCUUCUGGAUGCAUCUCACAACUUUCCAAAUCCUUUCAGUGGGUUUGUGUUUCUGAUUGGCAGUAAGAUUCCUCCCUUGUCUCAGCGCAGCCUUAGAUUGCUAUUGAUUCUACUAUUGCAGGUUAAUUGUAAACAUCCCAUCAUUCUUAAAGUUUACUUGCCUUCCAAUCCUUUACAGUAAGCGCUGAAUUGGGUCAUUGUGUGGCGCACUGCCCUUAAGCUAUUGUUAAGGGUAUGCGUCAGGUCGGUGAGUGGAACAGCAUUAACGGAGGGCGUGAACUCAAGAUCUUUCAACUAAACUGCCGAGUUGCUGGUGUGUCCCCAUGUGAGAAGCCGGGCCGGAUAAUCAGUGUUCAAACUGACCGGGGCUCACAGCGCCUGGUUUAAGGAAUUUUCAAAGUUACGUUUGAAAGCAGGAUGUUACAGACACUGAGUGACUGGUUUUGGUGGGAUCACCUCUGGCUUCCCCGAAAUUUAACCUGGGCCGACCUUGAAGACAGAGAAGGCUAUGUGUAUGCCAAGGCCUCCCAUUUAUAUGUCACAGUCCUGUAUGCUAUUGUUUUUAUGAUAGCUCGACAUUUCUUCGAAAGAUUGAUAGCGACACCUCUUGCCAAAAUGAUGGGGAUUAAGAACCAAAUACGAUUGAAGGUCACAUAUAACGUGGUUUUAGAAAACUUUUUUGUCUCAAUUUCAAAGCAUCCUACCAGGUCACAGAUCGAAGGCUUGUCAAAGAAAUGCAGUUGGACAGUCCGGACGAUUGAGAGAUGGUUUAGGAGGAGGCGCAAUCAAGAUAGGCCCAGUUUGAUGAAAAAAUUUCGAGAGGCUUGCUGGCGAUGUACAUUUUAUCUCCUGGCAUUUUUUGGUGGCAUCGCUGCCCUCAUUGACAAGCCAUGGUUUUACGAUACUUGGGAGGUGUGGGUAGGAUAUCCUAAACAGACCCUGUUACCAUCCCAGUAUUGGUACUAUAUAACUGAGUUGAGUUUUUAUUGGGCACUAUUAUUCAGUAUCGCAUCGGAUGUAAAAAGAAAGGAUUUUAAAGAACAAGUAAUUCACCACGUAGCUACCAUCAUCCUACUGAGCUUCUCCUGGUGUGCAAACUAUAUCCGAGUGGGAACCCUGGUGAUGGUUGUACAUGACUCGUCUGACAUCCUGCUGGAAUCUGCCAAGAUGCUUAACUAUGCUGGGUGGAAAUCCAUCUGUAACUCACUGUUCAUUGUCUUCGCUGCGGUAUUUAUAAUCACCAGGCUUGUCAUCUUUCCCUUCUGGAUCAUCCAUUGUACUUGGGUCUAUCCAGUACAUCAUUAUCCUCCGUUCUUUGGAUAUUAUUUCUUCAAUGCCAUGCUGGUUGUCCUUCAGCUGCUCCAUAUCUUCUGGGCGUACCUCAUCCUACAAAUGGUCGCAAAAUUCUUCUCCAGCAAACUGGAUGGAGAUGAUCGGAGUGAUCAGGAAGAGUGUGACGGGAGUGACGAUGACGAUGAGGGCAUGAAGAAUGGUGGUGGCUCCAAAAACAAGCUGGCAGUUAACAGCCAUCACAGCCACUGAGACCGAGUCCAGGUCAACUCCGGCGACAAAAGAAUGAAAAUGUGUGUAGUGAUGCCUGUGGAACAAGUGUUGUUGAUAAAUGAGUAAUGUGCUGUUAUUGGAGCUGGACUAAAGUGAGUGUUGGCUGCAGUCGGUCAUAUUUGUAGAGCUCUUCCUCUUUGGAGUUUCUCAAAGUUAUUCACGAAACUGUGUUGAAGUGUUCAACAUUGAUCUCAGAGGUCAGACUGCUGCAGGUUAAACAUUAUCUGGCCAACACUGACCAUCACACACUGCUGACAGAUUGUACAUAAGAGGAACACCGGCCAGGUUCCUCAUUGGCUGGACAGAUUUCUAAAAUCGAUUCUUAAUGUUCAGAUUGUUUUUACUCUUAAAUCCACUGCAGUAACAUUGCUGGUCUGCUUCAUAAGGCAUCUUGCAGUAUUCCAGACUAAUUCACAACCGACACACUCAGCUCCUAUUACAUUCAAUAAGCAUUGGGUCACUAGGAGUCCAAGGCCUCAUAAUCUUAAAAUGAACCUACCAAUCGAAGUAGAUUUUGUAGAAAGUAAACUAAACAUCACUGGUCCCUUUUCAUUGUCCUAAAUGACCUUUAUUUUGCUAAUAACCAUUGCUUCUGCCAUUCUGCGGGACAUUCUGAAUGAUAUUCUGAGCAGGGAGCUAUAUUUGAAUCACGCAGCCUCUGAUUUUCCGCCCAUUCAUUUGAACGUUGGAAUCGCUUCGUUGUGCAAUAUUUGGACUGACACUUCAAACAGAAUUACCCAGUGCCAAAUUCUAACCUUCAAGUCAGUGGGAAAACACAAAGGGCUGAAAUUUUAGGGCCCCUGAAGGCAGGAACAGAGGCUGGGGGGAGGUGCCCUGAAAAUGCUGAUGCCCAGCGGAGUGUUGGUACCCAUUCCCAGUGCUGCCCAUUUUGGGGGAGGUGAGUGUGAGACCUGGGUAGACAGCCUACCCCCAUGAGACAGACAGGCAACUAGGCUCAUUAGGGGUUUUGUUAAAGGUGAGUUCCAGUUGGCCUCCAGUUUUCUGAUGCAA